AGAACGCGUGAAAAAGGCAUAAGUCAGAGAGCGUACGACGAUAUCCGCAAGUUUGUAAUAGCGAUUUUAAUCGUAUAUUCAAAGAAAUUAAAAAUAUUUAAAUAUGAUUUCUAAGAACUGUACCGUUUAAAUGUGAAAUCCAAACUUUCUAUGCAGAAUAAAACUACCCACGCAGUAAAAUGAUAUCCGGAACGUUUAUCUAACAGCUCUGGGGGUUUAGGGGACGGGAUUCGUUGUUACACCACGCAACACUGAGACGCUGCUCUAUUUUAGCAGGAGGACGAACGUAGUGGUUGUGCUGUAGCGUAACUUUUUUGGAUUCUUAACAGAAGACGAUAACAGCUGAGUAAAAUGUCGGGUGGUGUCCAGUCUGCGUCUGCUUGUGAGGAGCAGUUUUCCUCCCGACUGAAAGCCGAACAUGACGACAGGAAACCCAGUUUCCCUGAAUCGGUGCUGAAUUACGAGGAACAGUUUGCACACAGAUUCACAACUGCAGAUGACACCUAUCAGGAGUACCUCAAGCGUGAGUCGGACCCUCCGCCCAUGGUGGAAGAGUGGAGGGGUCGCGGAGCGGGCAGUGCACGUGGCCGAGACAAUCGGUACCAUGAAUACCGUUCAUACAGAGGCCAUGAUCGAAGCAGGGGCUGGUCUGGGGAUCAGUGGGGGUCCCGGCAAUGGCAUGAUAGACACCGGGCUCAGGGUUCUGGGCAAUACCAGUCUCAGUCCAGGUACCAAAACUCUUACAACCAGGGCCACAGCUCAUACAGUCAGCGGAAACCAAACAGCCAGUACUGAGGACUUUCAUGUGUCGUUGUUAUACUGACAGAAUUUAUGAAAUGUUUAUCUUUGGUAUGUUUGGGGUUGUUAGCAAGAAAAUGGAUGAAAUUUUUUUUUUUUUUUUCUCCCCCCCUCUUCAAAUUGUUCCUUAUUUGUGCUGUAUGAAUACAUCAAUGUGUAGAAGGCCACUGAUGGGUUCAGGAAUGUUUUUUUAAAUCUGUGUACUGCACUGUUGCCGGAUUACUCUGCUCUGUCAGUAGUGUGGUCUGUGUGGGGCAGCUUUAUUAAAGUGUGUAUGUACACCUUCAAACACUGGACAGCUUAUAGUGGCCUUUAAAGGUUAAGCUUUGCUUUUUAAUUUAUUUUUUUAUGUAAUUGGCUCUUGAUUAAAUGCAUGUACUGUAACAAACCAGGACAUAUGAAUCUUGGCAUAUGUACUAUGAAAAUAUACAU